UAAUUUAUGAGAAAAUAUUCAUUCUUCAUGGUAUCGGAGCAAUAAUCAAUCACAGCUCCCUCUCCAACCCUAAUUCUCUUCUUCUCUGUUUCGGCCCCCCCUCUCACGGCAGCCCUUCUCGCCGGCGACCAUGGCCGAGGUUUCCUCCGUCUCUUCCGAUAACAACUCCUCUACAUCUCCCCACCUUGCCUUCACCACUAUCUCUAACAUUAAACUCCAUAUUCCUGUCCAACUCAGUCUCUCAGAACCAAAUUACAAAAAGUGGAGUCGGUUGUUUCGUCUCCUGAUCCUCCGCUUCAACCUCAAAGGCUACAUCAAUGGCACAACCCGUGUCUCCUCUGCCGAUGAUACUGAAUGGUAUCAAUUUGAUGCCCUAAUUCAAGGAUGGAUCCUGGCUACGAUCUCGGAUGAAGUCUCCGACCUUGUGCUCUCCAACAAUCUCACUGCUCAUGCACUAUGGACGGCAAUUUACAAUCUUUUUCACGACAACAAGCACGCCCGAGCGAUGCAACUAGAGCACCGUUUCCGUACAACUGUUAAAGGUCAACUCUCCAUCAACGAAUAUUGUCGUCUUCUCAAGAAUCUCUCCGAGUACCUAGAUGACGUGGAUGCUCCUGUCACCGAACAUGCCCUUGUACUUCAGGUUCUUCAAGGCCUCCCUCACAACAUCCGGAGUCAAGUUCAAUUCUUGCAAUACCAAAAUCCACUCCCGACUUUCUUGGAGGUCCGAUCCGCCCUACUUCUCGUCGAACAGCAACAAACCGACGCCAUGUAUGGCGUCGGCUCGCCGUCCACAGCCCUCCUCAACACCGGCGGCGGCGGCGGACAGACGGGCAGCGGAUACCAGGGAGACCGAGGCGGCGGCUACGGCAGGCCUGGGAGCAGCGGCAGCGGCGGAUUUGACGGCGGAUAUGGCGGCGGCUACGGCGGACGCGGCAGGCAUUCCGGCGGUGGCAGUGGAGGCGGCAUUCGCGGCAGGGGUCGCGGCGGCGGUCGCGGUUGUGGCGGCGGCAAUCAACGACAACCUGUGGGCUACCUCCCCUGGACAGCUCCCUCCUCUACCCCUGGCCUACUUGGGCCACGGCCCAACACACCCCACCCACUAGCCCAAGUCCAUAUCCACCAAAGCCCACAUCUACCCAACCCAUAUUCACCCAACCCAUUCUACCCAACGCCCGACCCAAUUAACCCAAACCCAAGUCAAAUCACCCACUACCCAACCCAUUCCCCCACAUACCCGAACCCCACCCCCAGCCCACUCCCCUGCCUACCCGUACCCCUACACCACCCCACCCAAUCCCACUGCCCUAGCCAAUAGCCUUGAAAGCCUCACCCUCAACCCCACCCAAUCAAAUUGGUUCAUGGAC